AUGGCAGAGCAUGACUCGAGGGAGUACGGGGUUGAAGACCUCGUGCUUCUUACUGAACUUGACCUUCCGUCAAUCAUCUCAAACCUGCGUUUGAGGUUCUCAACAGGACGUAUCUAUACAUACAUAGGUGAAGUACUUGUGGCAGUGAAUCCAUAUCGUCAAUUACCAUUAUACGACAAACCGAUGGUUGAAAAAUACAAGGGUCGUGAGAUGUACGAGCGAUCGCCACAUGCAUUUGCCAUAGCAGAUGCAGCUUACCGGGCGAUGAAACGUCAUGGCCGUGAUACUUGCAUUGUUAUUUCGGGUGAAUCUGGUUCGGGAAAAACCGAAACGAGUAAAAUUAUUAUGCGAUAUUUGUCCGCCAUCACUAACAUAGAGCAGCAACGCGAAAUUGAACGCAUCAAAGACGUACUUCUGCGUUCAACAGCAAUAUUGGAAUCGAUGGGCUGUGCGUGCACCAAUCGUAACGAUAAUUCGAGUCGUUUCGGCAAAUAUAUGUGCAUCAAUUUCAACUUUAACGGUGAUCCUGUUGGAGGACAUAUUAAUAAAUACCUUCUUGAAAAGUCACGUGUGGUACGUCAACAAAUCGGUGAGCGUAACUUCCAUUCAUUUUAUCAAAUACUGGCUGGUUUUGACGAGGCUCUGCUGCACGAGCUCGGUCUGGAACGUGAUCCCAAAAAGUAUUUCUAUCUUAAUCAAGGGAAAGCGGAGAAGUGUAACGAGACGUCCGUUUUGCAGGUGGCUUCAAUUGACGACGCGAAGGAUUUCAAAGAAGUUCAGCAUGCCCUCAAAACGAUUACCACUUUCGAACCAGAAGCUGUGAAGCAGAUGUGGCAUAUUUUGGCAUCAAUUCUGUUAAUUGGUAAUCUGAAAUUCUCGGAAGGUGAAAAAGCUGAGCAGAGUAAAGUUUCGGACAGCUCAGCACUUCAGACAGCAGCAAGAGUGCUCGACGUCACUCCAAAAGAUCUUGAGACGGCUCUUUGUGAAAAGGUUGUCGCUGCACACGGUGAUGUGGUCAGGAAACGUCACGAUGUCCACGCGGCUGCAUAUACUCGAGAUGCCUUAGCCAAGGCAGUCUACGAUCGUUUAUUCGCAUGGGUCGUACAAUGCGUGAACGAUGCGAUCAGCGUGAAAGAUACCAGUAGGUAUGGCAAAAGCAGUGUGCUUGGCGUUCUUGAUAUUUACGGAUUUGAAAUUUUCGGCAUUAAUAGUUUCGAGCAACUCUGUAUCAACUAUUGUAAUGAGAAAUUACAACAGCUUUUCAUCGAACUGGUGCUGAGACAAGAACAAGAAGAGUAUAAACGGGAAGGAAUUGAAUGGAAGCAGGUGGAAUACUUCAACAACAAAAUCAUCUGCGAUCUGGUGGAAUUACCUAGAACCGGUAUCAUCUCACUGCUAGACGAGGCCUGUUUCACUAUCGGUAAUGUCACCGAUAAGAUAUUCCUCCAAGAAUUGGACAAAUCGUAUGUCGGUCAUGAACAUUACAUGAGUCGUCAAUUGCAACCAUCUGAUAAAACGCUCGCCUUCGAAGACAACUUCCGUAUAAAGCAUUAUGCGGGCGAUGUGACCUACAGUGUCGCUGGAUUCAUCGACAAGAAUCGCGAUACGUUAUUCCAAGAUCUUAAACGACUUCUUUUCAAUAGUAAGAAUGCGCUGGCCUCUUCGAUUUUCCCAGAUGGUGAGAAAGCGGUCACUGAAGUCAACAAACGACCACUGACAGCUGGAACAAUGUUCAAGAAUUCAAUGUUGGAUCUUGUGGAACAGCUCGCUUCCAAAGAGCCAUAUUACAUACGAUGCAUCAAGCCGAACGAAGAGAAAUCGAAUAGUGUUUUUGACGAGGAGCUUGUGGAACAUCAGGUACGUUACUUGGGAUUGCUGGAGAACGUUCGUGUCCGUCGUGCUGGCUUCGCCUUCCGAAUUCCAUAUGAUCGUUUCAUACAAAGAUACAAACUCUUGUCGAAUAAAACGUGGCCGAAUCCGAGAUCUGGUACAUCGCUAAAUAAUACCGUCUUGAUUCUUAACGAGUAUCAUAUGGCUGAAGAUUGCGUUAAUGGCAAAACCAAAUUGUUCAUUCGAAGUCCACAAACCGUAUUCAGACUCGAAGAACUUCGUACGGAGAAGAUUCCUGGUGUUAUCAUUUUCCUACAAAAGAUGUGGCGUGCAAAGUUGGCUCGUGAGCGCGUUAAACGAAUGAGAGCGAUAUAUCUGAUCAUGAAUAGAUUUCGUCGCUAUAAAUUACGUUCAUACAUCGUUGAGCUGGUCGCUUGCUUCCAGGAUGUGCGUAAGAGGCCGGAUCUUGGUAAGAAUUUGAAAUGGCCAGUGCCACCGGCUGUGUUGCAUGCGUUCGUGGAGAAACUGAAACGGAUGCAUGAGUUGUGGCGCGCAACGGUGAUACUAUCACGUAUGCCCGAACACCUACGUCCAGUCGUGCCACAGAAAAUGGCUGCCUAUGAGGUGUUGGGUGGAAAACGUUCUGAAUGGGGAUACACAAGAAUGUGGAAGGGUGAUUACCUUGACCUGCCCGCUGAAAUUGAAUCACCAAGUCAACCGAAUGAUUACAAAAUUGCAAUGAGAGCUUUGCAAAGGGAACAUCCGUUUUCGAAGGUUCUCUUCUCCUCCUAUAUACUGAAAUUCAAUCGCUUCAACAAAUCUGCAUACCGGGUUGUGAUCGUGACCGAUAGAUUCAUUGCUAAGCUCGAUGCUAAAAAGUUCAAACUCAUGAAGGAGCCUGCACCUCUACAAAACUUAUCACGAUUGAGUGUGUCCAAUUUCUGCAACGGUUUUGUGGCGUUCCAUUUGGGUGACAAUGAUUUCAUUGGAUGUCUUCGUAACCCGAAGAAUGAAGAUCGUGUUGGAGAGUUGGUCGGCGUUUUAUGUCAUCAUUUUGAGAUAACUUUCCAACGGAAAUUGCCCGUCACGGUAUCCGAUUCACUUCAUUGUAUGUUGGGCUCAAAAGAGCGUUCUGUACAUGCUUUUGAAGCACAAGGGGAUCAAAAUUCUCAAGUUCAACCGGUGUUCCGUAAAGUUGGUAACGAUAUCGAAUUAACGUAUCCAAUCGCUGCAGCGUCAUAA